AUGGUCUUGGGUUGGGCCUGGUCUCGGGUUGGGCCAGGUUGCUGCUGGUGGUUGUCCAUCACAACACCCAUGUGUCUUCUAUUCCUAUUCACGACACAGCUACUAUGGACUUCUGGAACUUGCAUCUGGCACACGACCUCUACAAGCCGCUGGAGGGCACCCUGCCUCUUCGCGUCCUCCAGCUGCAUCCCGGCCCCGUGUCUGCCCCCAUCAAGUGUGAGCUCAUCGUCACCCAGCUCGAGCAGAUCGAAAAUGAGUACGAGGCUACCUCCUACACCUGGGGCUCUCCGGCAGACCCCCUGCUCAUAGAGUGCAAUGGCCUCGCCAUGCGCAUCCAGAGGAACGCCUUCGACAUGUUGGCCCACAUCCGGCACCCGGAUUGGCCGCGUGUCGUCUGGAUCGACGCCGUGUGCAUCAACCAGAGCGACAUCGAGGAGCGGUCGCAGCAGGUCUCCAUGAUGCACCAGAUCUACUCGUCCGCCGUCAGUGUCGUCGUGUGGCUCGGCCCAGCGGCCGACAACAGCCACCUGGCUGUCGAGUUCGCGGCGAGCCUGGAUCCGGCCAGAUACAUCGACGAGCUGGGCGCCGUCAUGAAGUUUGGGAAUUCCGUUGCCGCGAGGGAUGCGUUCCGGGACAAGACAUAUUUCUUCGGCGCAGAGCCCGCAUCUGCAUACGACAGGGAACUUGCAGUUGCCCUUGUCGCCUUCAUCAACCGCCCGUGGUUCAACCGUGUGUGGGUUCAGCAGGAGGCAACAGCCUGCCGAGACACACGCGUCUUGUGCGGCCCAGACACGGUGAGCUGGGACCACGUCUUUGCGCUGGCGUGGAUCUUGAUGCCGAUACACACUGCAAGCUGGCCAGACUACUUCCCGCACUCGUACCGAGAAUCCCAGAGCAACCUUGUGUCCAUCAGGUCGAUCCAGUCGAGCAGAUGGAUCCGCUUUCGCCGGUCCGACGAAGGCGUGCACGGCAUGACGGUGUUGAGUCUGGCCGCUGUGCUCCUCAAGGGAAACUCGUAUGCCGCCACAGACCCGCGCGACAAGAUAUUCGCCCUCCGCAACGUCUGCCACGGCAAUUUCAACCGCUGGGCCCCCGAAGCCGACUACCGCAUUCCGUGGGAGAUUCUGUACAUCGAGACCAGCCUGUCUCUUCUCACAAACGGCUGGCUGCCCUCGCUUUCUAGAGCCGGCAGGUCACGACACCCGCCCGACUCUGUCCUCCCGAGCUGGGUCCAAGACUACAGGCGGCUCGACGCGUCCGUCUUGCAGUCGAACCCGGAGCUGAUCGACCACUUCGAGUGGGCGGCGGGCGGGUUCAGCCCCGACAGCACAGGAGUAACCCCUGUCCUGACCAUAGCGGCCCGGAAGCGGGAGUUGCCCAAGCACCACCGCCGGAAGCUCGACCAAAAGCGCAUAUCAGACACGCUCCAGAGCUUCAAGGGGAGGACCAAGCAGCUGCUGCAGUCUUAUAUCAGCAUCCGGUGCCUGAUGAUGGACGAAAUCGUCUACGUCGGCCAGACCGUCUACGACCAUAUCCAGGAAGGAGGAGAAGCGCCGUCUCUUGACAGGCCGUCAUUCAAGCACUGCCUCGACUGCAUCCGGCAUGAUCUCGAUCAUCUCGACACUCGACUGUCAGGGACAUAUAUGAACGGUGACUCCGUCCUGGAAGCGUAUCGCCUGACUCUCAUCACAGCGACGGGCCGCCAUGGCGAGCUUGUCGGCGCGGAGUAUACUCGCGACCACUGGGACUCGUGGGUUCGAUGGCUCACGAGUGACGAUGAUAACGACGAUAUCAACGACGUCGAUCAUAAUAAUACAGCACAGAACCCAGCCAUGCCUUUGCUCGCCGACGCCUUCCUGAACUCGGGAGCCCUGUUCAACUUCCGCUUCGCAACCACAAAGCACAGCUACCUUUGUCUAGUCCCCGCCAUGGUCCAAGUGCACGACGUCGCCGCCAUCAUCAAAGGCUGCACUCUGCCUGUUGUGCUGCGGCCCUGGACGCCGCCCACCACACCCUCCGCAAAAUCUGCAACUGCAACUAAUAAUAGCACGUCGAAAAAGACGGACGAUGGAUAUUUCGAGCUGAUAGGCGAUGCCUACGUGCACGGCAUGAUGGUCAAUCAAGUCGCCUGUAUUAAUACUGAGCUGGGCUGCAAGGCGAGCCCCACGCCGGCGCAGCGGGAGAAAGUGAUGCAGGCGGCGCAGAGGAAUAACGGUGAGGUGUGGGAUGAGUUGGGCCUGGGAGGGAACUAUACGGAGGUCUUGGAUACUAUUGGGAUGCGCUGGGUGGAUUUGGUUUGAUAGAGAUUGUGGCACUGGAUAAAUUGGGACUCGUGUUUGGUUACAAUGAUCAAAUUAUCCAUAUUUUUUCUAUCUCCACAACUAUCCUCAAAUCCGUCGAGCACCACCUAUCGAUGCCGAAAGACGCGACGAGGGAUGUGUCAGCAAGCUUCGCAAGUGCGUGAAUGAUGUGAUGGUCCGGUGUGGUACGUCGGCCAUGAAUGAGACAGGAUCACAGCUCGAACGGUGAGGCGGAGAGCUGUUACGUAAUAAUGCCCUCCUGACCGAACUUUGCCACCAACUAGGCCACCGACGAUGAUUGGCCCCUAUAUAGGCCUUGAUGCCUACAUUUUU